AUGUUGCGAGACUGUAUAACUGAGCCUUCACCAGACCUUAUUCUAAAACUCUGCAUCUUAACCUUCCUAUUCAUACUCUACCUUAUUAUAUGUCGCAAUACAAUUGUUAGUAUGGAUUCCGAUACCUGUAUAGCGUCUUCUCCUACCAAUAAAAAGCAAAAAUUGACGUUGUUUUCUGAUAUUCAUAGUCUCCAGUAUUCAAGCACGGAGCUAUUGAAAGUUGAAAUAAGGCUCAGAAUCAAUCCUAAUCUAAGAAGGGCUCAUAAUAUAAUCAUCUGUUUACCAAAGUCAUGGUUGAAGCUAAUAAAUGCAGUAGCUGAUGGCCACAGCUCCCAUCAAACUAAGCUGAAGUUUAAAAAAUUUAGGGAAGAUAUUCUUCCUAUUGCUUUCCCAUCAUCGUCAACGACCGAAAAGCUAGUUAAUAUCAAUACACUUUCAAUGAGAGACCAAAGUUUUGAAUUUUUGGCGUGGCUAAGUUUCUAUGAUUUGCCUUGUAAAUUAAGGGGCACGAAGGUGGAUAAAUUGGAGUUGAUUAAAACCGUAAUAUUUCAGUAUUUAAUCAAAUCAGGAAUAACGUUGUCUCCUUUUAUGCUAGUUAUAUCCCCUUCUAAUAUCAGACUAUCAAAAGUACGGGAAAUCCACUCAAAAAUUAAGGAACAAAGACUAUCAAGGCCAAAAUCCGAGCUAGAUAAACCAUUGUUCACCAUCUACAUUCAAGAUGAAAAUACCCCAUUUCUAUUUCUUUGGAUGGAUACUGAGAACAUGUGUUCUUUCAACAUCUGCAAGCUUCAUACUCCGACUUCCAGAGCUGGGUUUGCCAAUACAUUGCUGAUGUUUUUAAGCUAUUCGUUGUGGGAGAGGUAG